CAACACAUUGCAGCCAGGGUUUUAUUGCCACCCCCUAAAAUUUCUCACAACCACUACAGAUCAAUAUGCAAAGCUUGUGGGAUUCAGUUUUGAGGCAUUUUAGCGUUAAUGUAUCUAAAAGACAGCUUAUAUUACCCAAAUUUGGGAGUCCAAGUAUUAGUAUUCACCGACAACUUUGCACGUCCGUCGGGUCCAGUCAUGACCAGGUAAAGGCUCGAGUGAUUGGGCUAGUGAGGAAAUUUGACAAGAUUGAUGCUGCCAAGGUGACCGAAUCAGCAGAUUUUCAGAAAGAUCUGAGCCUAGAUAGCCUGGAUAGGGUGGAGCUUGUCAUGGCUUUUGAGCAGGAAUUUUCCAUUGAGAUCCCAGAUGAGCAAGCAGAUAAAUUGAAAUGCUGUGCUGACGUUGCCAACUACAUUAUGUCGUCACCAAAGCAAGAGACUACUUCUCAGGAGUCCUGAUGAAUUGCUACUAGACUAAAAUCAUAUUUCAAAUUUAAAUGUUGUUUUUAUUAUAUGGUUUAGAACCUUGAUGUUGUUUUAUGUACAAAUGUCAAGUAUGCAAGAAUACUAGAUUUAUUUUCUGCAAGUUUUAUAAAAUUUGGCUAUUUGCCAUCUUUAGUUCACAGAA